GGCCUUGCACAAACUGAUAACUGUGGCAAUUUCUCAGCACACUAUUCACUAAUAAAAGAUGUUAUUUUCAGAAUUAGGCAGGCAUGUGUCAUGCUUGCUCACUGGCUGAAGAUGAGAGGUCGAGCUGUGGCUUCCUGGGAGCGUGCAGUCGUAUGAGCCAUUGGACUUUACAGCUCUCAGGUUGUUGAUGCAUUGUUUUACCAGCAACUAGGUUAAGUAAUUAGAGUCUUUCAGAGAAAGGAAGUCUUGCUUUAAGUGUUUGUAAGCUUUUAGUUUUUUAAGAUAAUCUAUUCUUAAUUUUUCUCUUUAGUUUGCUAUUUAGUUCUCAUUUAUUUUGCCUAUGUUUAGUUAUUUUUGUAUUACAAUGAGCCGAAGAGUGUAGGCUGCUUAGUUCAAAAUGGGAGCCCUGCAAAGGGUUAACCAGCAGAGAAUUACAAAUGAACUAUCAGGAAAGUUGAUUAUUAAUCCAGCAAGAGAGAAAAUAUCCUUCCAGUUAGCAAGAAUUAGUACCUGAAGAGCUGAUAAUAUUGUUCGGGCUGUCGGUGUGGAAUGGCAAAACCAGAAGAAUGUCUUCCAAGCAGGCUACCUCUCCAUUUGCAUGUGCAGCUGAUGGAGAGGAAACAAUGACCCAGGACUUAGCAUCACGAGACAAGGAGGAGGGCAACAGUGAUCAGCACGCCUCUCAUCUGCCUCUACACAAUGUAAUGCACAACAAACCUCACUCCGAGGAGCUUCCCACCCUGGUCACCACCAUCCAGCAGGAUCCCGAGUGGGAUGGAGUAAUCUCAGCCCAACACAGAAUGGAGUCAGAGAGUAAUAAGUUAUGUUCCCUAUAUUCCUUCCGAAAUACCUCUACCUCACCAAGCAAGCCCGACGAAGGAGGUCGCGACCGCAGCGAGCUAAUGACCAGUGUUAAUUUUGGAACGCCGGAGCGCCGCAAGGGAAGCCUAGCAGAUGUGGUGGACACACUGAAGCAGAAGAAACUAGAAGAAAUGACCAGGACUGAGCAAGAAGAUUCAUCCUGUAUGGAAAAGCUACUUUCUAAAGACUGGAAGGAGAAGAUGGAAAAAUUAAACACAAGUGAUCUCCUUGGAGAAAUUAAAGGUACACCAGAAAGCCUGGCAGAGAAAGAGCGACAGCUCUCCACGAUGAUCACCCAGCUGAUCAGCUUACGGGAGCAGCUCCUGGCUGCCCACGACGAGCAGAAAAAGCUGGCAGCCUCACAAAUUGAGAAACAACGGCAGCAAAUGGACCUUGCUCGCCAACAGCAAGAGCAGAUUGCAAGACAACAGCAGCAACUUCUGCAACAGCAGCACAAAAUCAACCUACUGCAGCAGCAAAUUCAGCAGGUUCAGGGUCACAUGCCUCCGCUCAUGAUCCCAAUUUUUCCACACGACCAGCGGACACUGGCAGCAGCUGCUGCAGCCCAGCAGGGAUUCCUCUUCCCCCCAGGAAUCACAUACAAGCCAGGUGAUAACUACCCUGUGCAGUUCAUUCCAUCAACAAUGGCAGCUGCUGCUGCUUCUGGACUCAGCCCUUUACAGCUCCAGCAACUGUAUGCAGCUCAGCUGGCAAGCAUGCAAGUUUCUCCUGGAGCCAAAAUGCCAUCUACUCCACAGCCACCAAAUACAACAGGGGCACUUUCACCCACUGGGAUGAAAAAUGAGAAGAGAGGGACCAGCCCGGUAACUCAAGUUAAGGAUGAAGCAGCUCAGCCACUGAAUCUCUCAGCCCGACCCAAAACAGCUGAACCUGUCAAAUCCCCAACAUCUCCAACACAGAAUCUCUUCCCUGCCAGCAAAAGCAGUCCGGUGACAGUGACAAACAAGAGUGGCAUCCCCAGCCCGCUCAGUGGGUCCCUGGGAAGAGGAUCCUCUUUAGAUAUCCUUUCCAGUCUUAAUUCACCUGCCCUGUUUGGGGACCAGGACACAGUAAUGAAAGCCAUUCAGGAGGCUCGAAAGAUGCGAGAGCAGAUCCAAAGGGAACAGCAGCAGCAGCAGCAGCCUCAUGGUGUUGAUGGAAAACUGCCCUCCAUGAAUAACAUGGGUCUAAACAACUGCAGGAAUGAAAAGGAAAGAACAAGGUUUGAAAAUUUAGGCCCUCAGUUAACAGGGAAACCCAAUGAAGAUGGAAAAAUUGGCCCCGGUGUCAUCGAUCUUACAAGGCCAGAAGAUGCAGAAGGGAGUAAAGCAGUGAAUGGCUCUGCAGCUAAACUACAGCAGUAUUAUUGUUGGCCAACAGGAGGGGCCACGGUGGCUGAAGCCCGGGUCUACCGGGACUCGCGGGGCCGCGCCAGCAGCGAGCCCCACAUCAAGCGGCCGAUGAACGCCUUCAUGGUCUGGGCCAAGGACGAGCGCCGGAAAAUCCUCCAGGCCUUCCCCGACAUGCACAACUCCAACAUCAGCAAAAUCCUAGGAUCUCGCUGGAAGUCCAUGUCAAAUCAAGAGAAGCAACCUUAUUACGAGGAGCAGGCACGACUAAGCAAAAUCCACCUAGAAAAGUACCCCAAUUACAAAUACAAGCCUCGACCAAAACGUACCUGCAUCGUGGAUGGGAAGAAACUGCGGAUUGGGGAGUACAAGCAGCUGAUGAGGUCUCGACGGCAGGAGAUGAGGCAGUUUUUUACUGUAGGACAGCAGCCCCAGAUUCCCAUCACCACGGGAACAGGAGUUGUCUACCCUGGUGCUAUCACCAUGGCCACCACCACGCCGUCCCCCCAGAUGACAUCAGAUUGCUCCAGCACCUCUGCCAGCCCCGAGCCCAGCAUCCCUGUCAUCCAGAGCACUUACGGGAUGAAGGCGGACAGCGCCAGCCUCCCUGGCAACGAGAUGAUGAACGGAGAGGAUGAGAUAGAAAUGUACGAGGACUAUGAGGAUGAUCCCAAAUCAGACUAUAGCAGUGAAAACGAAGCCCACGAGGCAGUCAGUGCCAACUGAGGAGUGUUCGCAGAAAUUAAAGUACUCAGACUCAUUUGGGGUUUUUUUUUGGGGGUUUUUUUGAACAAAAAGUUCUUUAAGAGCCUGCAUGCAUGUGUGGCUCCUACAGUUACAUCAGCAGAAUGGUCUUAAAUGUUUCUUAUCGUGUGAGACAGAUUGUUUCCCUAAUUUUUCAUGAACUUGGGUUUUUUUUGUUUUUGUUUUUGUUUAGUUUUUUUUUUUUAAUUUAGAUGAAGACAUAAAUAUCAGACAUCAGGACUUGAAAACUUAUAUGAAUCAAUAGCUGUCUUACAAGUCUUACCUUUUGUCUUUUUCCGUUUGGAUGCUGAUAAAGGUUUAAGUUACUGUUUUAGAUGGGGGUUAUACAUUCUCACUCAGGUAUGCUGUGCCAGCCUACAGGUUGUGAAUGUGUUUUUAUUCUGGAUUAUUUUAGAAAACAAAAACUGCAGAUUUCAUAUUGUGAAACAGAACAAGUCCGCAAGUGUGCACACCCGUGCAUCAUAGCUUGUCUUUAAAAAAUAGUCUCUGAAUUCCAUUUUUUUUCCAUAUGUAUAGCUGACCUUCUGAUGUGCCAAACUUUUCAUAACUUUUGAAUCUUAACAUUUAAACAAAAAGUCUUAAAGGAGACACUGUAAAGUCUUAGACAAUCCUUUGGCAUCUUAAAAAAAAAAUUAUAUAUGAAGCCUAAUUUUUUUUUUCCAGAAUAUGGUGAAGUACUCAGGAAUCUGGAGACAGGAUAUUCUUAAUUAGUGAACAUGGUUGCCAUAGUGCAUGUGCCCAAUUGCUUUUGCCUCUUGAUGUGCCAUUAGUGUGAAAUUUUAAGUAAGCACAAAAGAGCGAUCACCAGCUAUGGACGGGCCUGUCUUAGCAGUGUGAGGCCACCUCUGAUUACAUUCUCUACCCCUUUGCUUUUAACCCUUGCAUUCAGUCUUAACACAUUUUCUCUUAAAUAAUUUAUUCAUUCCAGAAUGUCAAGGGUCCAAAUACUUAAUAUUUAUUUUUAAAAGUGCAGUUGGUGGCAUUACACUUACAAUUCCUUAUUGAUAUUUUAAAGAGCCUCUUCUUCCCCCUUCCCUAAAUCACACAGGUAUAUGAAAAUAAAAGUGCACCUGCUACUAAAAUGAACAUGACCUUUAUGAAUGAGAAAUUCACUUGUUCCUCUAACACUGUAUGUUCAAGGAGCACUUGGAAACACUCUGCUAUAUGUAUUGCAAAAUAAAGUGAGUACUUUUAUAUGUACAUAGAGUACAAAUACCCCUAAAAAUGUGUUUAUAGUUCUAAACCUCUACACUCAGACAGCAAGGGCAGAUGUAAAACCCAAACUGCUUUCACAGUCCACCAUGCUGAAUUUUUAGGGCCUGAGGAAUCUGUGGCAAAUCAUGGCUCUGUUCAUCAUGUUCCUACUGCCCCCUGAAGGAACUGUGCUACCUUAAGUACUUGUGCAGUGAUUUAUUUGUGAGACUCCAAGUGGGGGAGGGAAGGCCACUCAGAUAUCUAAUGGCAAAGGUGGGAAAAUGGAUCAUUAAAAAUAUUUAUUGUAUAUUAGUCAUGUCUGAAUGUGACUCACCGAGUGCUUUCUGUUUGUAUUACUUCUAGAAAAAUUGCAAUUACUGGAGAUAAUUCUGGGAAAUAUGCAAGAGAGGCAUUCACAAAACUGUGAAUCUAUUAGAUGUCAAAGACAGAGGAGAAACUGCCUUUAUUUUUCCCCCUCAUACUCCACUCCUGUACACAAAUAGAUCACUGUAUACAUACACAGUUCCAAUAGGUGAAUAACUGUGCUGAAGCUCCUCAACUCCCUCAGCUUUUAUUUGGAAUUGGCUGUGCUCAGCACACUGGUGAUAAAUUCAGGCUUGGGCUGAGAGGUACCAGUGGGUCUGGAGCAGCUCCUCUGGAAGUCACAGGAUUUGCUUGGGACAACAGCAGUGUGGCUGUCCUCGUGCAUCCUGUCCUGCAGACCUCCUGUGAGCUGCAAGGAUGCUUGGAGGAGCAGCUGCCUUCCUCACAGCCCCUCUGGUACCUGCUCUGCCAGAAAAAGCCAUUUUUGCCACUGUUGGAAUCACAUUUCUAUGAGAGAACCACCCCCCGAGACAGAUUGUUCAAUUUACAGGACAAUUUAUAAAGAUAAUGGCAUAGAAACACGGUGGUCAGAUUUCUCUGACCAUUUUGUAAUUUGGAACAAAAAAAAAAAAAAAAAAAAUAUAUUUUUAAUAUUUAUUUAAUUGUGUUCUGAGUCCAUGUCUAAUAAGCAAUAAACUGGUCUAGCCAAGUCUUUAAAGGCAUAUGCUGUGUCAUUAGCUGGUGAGCGUCCUCUUUAAGCUGGCUAAGGUACUGAUAGAAAGUGGUUUUUUGUUCUUAAAGUAGCUUGGGAAUUUGAACUGGUUUUAAUACAUUCAGCUCAGAUUGGGGGGAGGACAUCAUUAUUUCCAAAAAAAAAAAAAAAAAAAAGAAAAAAAAUUCUAUUUAUUAAUGUCUUACAUAAUUCUCCAGUUAGAAGUAUCUCUCCCUCCCCCCCACGUCACUUUCACUCUUGCUCUCUUUUUUUUCCUGGUUUUGUUGCAUAGGUAGAAUGCUGUAUUGCUAGCAUUGUAUUUUAUGUAAUUUUUUUUUUUUUUUUUGCACAAAGGCAAACAUUUAGAUUAGUUGGUUAAUUUUUUUUUUUUUUUUUUUUAAAUUUUAUGACCAUGCCAAAAUAAUAUUCUGCAGGCUUGUGGAGAACAAAGGACUGUUCUUUAGGACUGAAACUUGAUUUUGCUUGUAGUACAAAAAAAAAAAAAAAAACACACACACACUCACAGAUGUUGUUUCGUAAGUGUUAUAAGCACUGGAUAUAAAUGGUAUUUUUUAUCACUUCUGACUAAUGUGAAACUGUUGUACGAAAACUACAUGAACAAAAGUCAUCUGUUUCGACUCGUGUGGGCCUGCCUCACA